GCCGCGAUCCUAAUGGCUGCGCGCGGGCCGCGGUGAGCGCCGGCGGAGAGCGACGGGCGUGGGGCCGCGGAGAGCGAGAGCGAGCGCGGCCGGACCCCGGCCAGGCCCGGCCUGACCGGCCGAACCCGCGAUGCGCCCCGGGGCCGCCCCCUGGCGCAGCUGACGCCGCGGCCCGCGGAGACCCCGGCCGGCCGGCCCCGAGGAGCGGCCGCCCCGGCCCAGGCCGCGAUGGCGGGGAAAGCGGCCGCCCCGGGCACCGCGGUGCUGCUGGUCACGGCCAACGUGGGCUCGCUCUUCGACGACCCGGAAAACCUCCAGAAGAACUGGCUUCGGGAAUUUUACCAGGUCGUCCACACCCACAGGCCGCACUUCCUGGCCCUGCACUGCCAGGAGUUCGGAGGGAAGAACUACGAGGCCUCCAUGUCGCACGUGGACAAGUUCGUCAAAGAACUGCUCUCCAGUGAUGCGAUGAAAGAAUAUAACAGGGCCCGCGUCUACCUGGAUGAAAACUACAAGUCCCAGGAGCAUUUCACGGCACUAGGGAGCUUCUACUUUCUUCACGAAUCCUUAAAGAGCAUCUACCAAUUUGACUUUAAAGGCAAGAAGUACAAGAAAGUCGCGGGGAAGGAGAUCUACUCGGACACGCUGGAGAGCACGCCCAUGCUGGAGAAGGAGAAGUUCCCGCAGGACUACUUCCCCGAGUGCAAGUGGUCAAGGAAAGGCUUCAUCCGGACGAGGUGGUGCAUUGCGGACUGCGCCUUUGACUUGGUGAACAUCCAUCUUUUCCACGACGCUUCCAACCUGGUGGCCUGGGAGACCAGCCCGUCGGUGUACUCGGGGAUCCGGCACAAGGCCCUGGGCUACGUGCUCGACAGGAUCACUGAUCAGCGCUUCGAGAGGGCGUCCUACUUUGUCUUCGGCGACUUCAACUUCCGACUGGACUCCAAGGCCGUGGUGGAGGUGUUGGAUCCCGAAGGCGCCCAGCUGAGACACCCGCAGUGUAGACUCCGGGUCCAGCCUCCCGUGUGGCACAGUUGCAUCACCUCUGCCUGGACCACCGUGCUUCGGGAACGCUGCCCUCGGGCAGUCUGGAAGACCCUCUGCACGAAGGCCACCAUGCAGACCGUGCGGGCCGCCGACACCAACGAGGUCGUGAAGCUGAUAUUCCGAGAGUCCGACAAUGACCGGAAGGUGAUGCUCCAGCUCGAGAAGAAACUCUUUGACUACUUCAACCAGGAGGUUUUCCGGGACAACAACGGCACUGCGCUCUUAGAAUUUGACAAAGAGCUGUCUGUCUUUAAGGACAGACUGUGUGAACUGGACAUCUCCUUCCCUCCCAGCUACCCGUACAGCGAGGACUCCAGCCAGGGCCGGCAGUACAUGAACACCCGGUGCCCCGCCUGGUGUGACCGCGUCCUCAUGUCCCCGUCGGCCAAGGAGCUGAUUCUGAGGUCGGAGAGCGAGGAGAAGGCCGCCACUUACGACCACAUCGGGCCCAGCGUCUGCAUGGGGGACCACAAGCCCGUGUUCCUGGCCUUCCGCGUGGCGCCCGGGGCAGGGAAGCGAUGCCCGCGCCGCGAGGGGACCCCCGGCGAGCCCUCCCUGCAGCUCGAGGAGCAGACGGACGGACGGACACGGACGCCGCAGCCCAUCGAAACCCGCCCAAGCGCCACCUGCUAGACGGCCGGCCCCACCCUUCGCUUCCGCCUCCGGACGGCCGCUCCGGAAAGCCUCUCAUACCUCACUGUCACUGUCGUGUCUGUUCGUGUGACGUCAAGUAGAAAUACUGGGUUUUUUAAAACGAGUCACGGUCCUGUUGCCAAAACUCUAAUAGACAGCGAAGAGAUCCUGUAUUUUAGACUCCACAGUUUUCGAUUUUUAAUCACUGUCAGCGUGGAGGAGCUUCUCCAGCAAGGAAACCCCACGGGGCCGGUGUCCCCCUCCGGCAGCCGAGGGGGCGGGCGGGGCUCUGCUGGGGGGCACGGCCUCGCUUUCACUUCCAAUGGCCCCCCCUUCCCUGUUAGUCACUCUACUGCCAUGUUACAUGGUUUUUGAAUCACACUGCAGCUGCUUCCCAUUUUUAUAUAUAUAAAUAUAUAUAAAUAUAUACUUUUUAAAAAUAAUUUAUAAACCUUACCAAAACUUACGCUAAAUAUACUUUCCAGUAUGAAGGCUUUGUCAUAUCAGCAGGUAGAAUCGGAGUCUAGGAGUUCGGUCACGUGUAGGUCAACAUGCGAGGCUCUAAAAAACAAGGGAAAUGACCGAGCCGAACCGUCACGGGUCACAGCGGCGACGGCACAUCUGCACUGGCAGUCGGAGACUCCUAGGCACCUUUCUGUGUGAUAUUCAGAACCGAAUGUGAAGUUUCUAGCUAGCGCGGGUGUACCUUUUAAGAAUUUUGUAAACCGUUUUGUCUGUCUUUUGUUACUGUCCUAUGGUGCCAAGUAUUCUACAUAAAACAAUGAUAUCAUGGGAGAAAUAAAAAUAGCCUAGUCUGCUUCUGAUAGAAACUGCUUUACCUGGGCUGUGCGUAAACAUAUUCAGAGAAACCAAACUGUGCACGUCCUCUGGCUGCUCAGCCUCAGACGGCCUGUGUCAUCACCCUGCUGCAAGUGCUUGCGCCUGGCUCCCGGUGCAGCAGCGAGAGGCGACCCCCAGGGCCCGCGGAUGAAACACAAGCGUACGUUUUAUUGAUCUGCUUUAGAACACUACAGAACUCCGGGCUGGGGGAAGGCGCUGGGGAGAAGCUUGUUUUUAGAUAAAUCACUACUGUUGCAAGCGACCUGGCGUCCGCUUGCCGAACCUGUGUCCUUGAUGAUACGGUCGGGGUCUGUGUCAUGCUGUGGUCACUCUGCUCUGUCCACGGGCCACACGGCCGUUCUGCCCCCACGGUGAUUCUGUGUAGCGGGGUUUCAGCGGUUGGUCACUGUGCAGGCCUUUGGAAAUGACCGCUCCGGUUCCUAAGCAAUAAAAUUGACCGUGGUGAAAAA